GAAUGCUAAAGAGCUCUACAACAGCUCCCUCUUAUUGAUUGUAACUUUAUUUGGGUGAGUGACUAAGUUUGAACGGACGACUUUGAUUGCCCCUUGUGUUGAUCGUAGCUCAACUUCACUGGUGGUGGCAAGCGAUGGUGGUGGCCAACGGCGAACUAUUCAGUUUUGUGAUCUUUUUUGUAAAAUUAAGAUUUAGAAUGAAUUUGAUUUGUGGGUUUGGUUGAUUUGUGUAGUAAUUAGUUCUGUUGCUGUGGGCUUCCUUUUUUCCGUUUGUUUUCUAAACCCAAGAUAUAUUCUUUGCCCUUAUGGACUUUAAUGCAGGUUGCAUAUUAUUUAUUUAUUUAUUUUUUUUUUAUUUCACGUUGUAUUAAACCUGAUCUCGUUACAGGCUUACACUCUCCCAAGUGCCAAACAUAGUGUAAAGGGCGGGCAAAAACAGAAAAAGUGUAUUUCAACAGUAUCAUCUCUUCAUUCCUCUCUUUUCCACUUCAAUAGAUCUCUCUGCUUCCAACUUUGAACAUAAUCGUCAUUUUCUCAACUCCGCAAAACCCUUUGCCCUUCCCUCAAUGUCCACCGAAGAACCCCAAUUGCAAAAUGGAGCCGAAAUUGAACCUGAACGCACCCCAGAACCAAAUCCCGCACGUGAAACUGCAACUACAUCAGAACCUGAACCUAAUCUUGCUUCUCAACCAGAACCUGACUCAACAGCGUUGGCAAUAACGGAUGUAGAUCCCAAUGCCCAGGAACCGACAGAUGCUUCGAUCCAAUCAAACGAAGCGGACAAACCUCAAUCCAAUGACCAAAAUGCACGUCCCGAGCUGCGAAAGGACGAAGGAAGCAGAACGUUCACGAUGAGAGAAUUGCUUAGCGAAUCGAGAAGCGCAGAAGGAGACGAUGCCAGCAGUUCUCAAAGUCAACAAAGCACACCAUACCACCAAGCAGAGCAAAAUAGUGCAGCAAUGGAAUUGAUAAAUAGUGUUACAGGUGCUGAUGAGGAAGGUCGGUCUCGCCAACGGAUUCUUACAUUUGCUGCCAAGAGGUAUGCUAGUGCAAUACAGAGAAAUCCUGAAGACUAUGAUGCACUAUACAAUUGGGCAUUGGUUCUUCAGGAAAGUGCAGAUAAUGUUAAUCCAGAUUCUACAUCACCUUCUAAAGAUGCAUUGCUUGAGGAGGCCUGUAAAAAGUACAAUGAGGCUACCCGCCUCUGUCCUACACUUCAUGAUGCUUUUUACAAUUGGGCUAUAGCAAUCUCUGAUCGUGCAAAAAUGCGUGGUCGUACAAAGGAGGCUGAAGAACUGUGGAAGCAGGCAACCCAAAAUUAUGAAAAAGCUGUCCAACUUAACUGGAACAGUCCCCAGGCACUUAACAAUUGGGGACUUGCUUUGCAGGAACUCAGUGCAAUUGUUCCUGCACGCGAAGAGCAAACAAUUGUCAGAAUUGCUAUUAGCAAGUUUCGUGCAGCAAUACAAUUGCAAUUUGAUUUCCACCGAGCAAUCUACAAUCUUGGAACUGUUUUGUAUGGAUUAGCAGAGGACACAUUAAGAACUGGUGGUGCAACCAAUCCUGAAGAUGUUUCCCCAGAUGAGUUUUAUAGUCAGUCUGCUAUCUACAUUGCAGCUGCUCAUGCAUUGAAACCAAAUUACUCUGUAUACAGCAGUGCCUUGAGACUUGUGCGUUCAAUGUUGCCAUUACCAUAUCUUAAAGUUGGUUAUCUGACUGCACCUCCAGCUGGGGAACCAGUUGCACCUCAUAGUGACUGGAAGAGAUCCCAGUAUGUAUUAAAUCAUGAAGGGCUUCAACAGAUGCCAACUUAUCCUGGAUUCUAUUGAAGAUUUUGGCGGAAAAGAUUUGCUGACCUCAUAAAGAACUCGGCAGUUCUGGAAAUUCAGUAGACAAUGCUUGUAUGACUAGUACUUUGAUCUCCCAAUGAAUGCAAUCACUAUCAUCAAAGAGUGAUUCCUUGAGCUGAGGAGAAUCAGUCUCAAAAAUUACUCUUCCUUGCAUUCACUCUCCUUGCUAACUUGACUGCAUCAGAAAGAUCUGCUUCCCCAGCAAGAGUUGAAGAAACUUAAUUUGUGCAUGUCCAUGGACCGAUUGUCCUCUAGAAGCCUUGCAGAUUUUGAGUUAAGGAAAGUGUAACAGUUAAAUUAAAAAGACCUGGUUGGGGGAGGAGAGGACACCAAACAAAACCAGUACUAGGGCCUGCUUGGACGAGAUUGUGGGAAUGAGAUAUGUCUUUUAAGUUUUGUUGCAAUUUUGUUGAUGUUUUUAUGUGUUAAGUGGACUAUCAAACAAUCUGUCAUGAGAUUUGAUGGAACUGCUUGUACUAACCUACAUUUCCUUUAUUUUUCCCUCUAUACUUCUUUCUUGUUUUAUCAUUUCCUGGACAGGUUAAUAAAUUAGAGCAAAAACAAGUUCAGAACCUCUUAGGUAGACCAGAUGUCACAAACAGUGAAAAAAGGGCUAUCAAAGUCGAUGUUCCAGAUAUUGUUUCUGUAUCAGCUUGUGCCGAUCUGACUUUGCCACCUGGUUCAGGCCUC